AUGUGUCGCCGUUAUACCCUGCCGCUAUUGCUGCUGAUGUUGUUGCUGAUACUUCUACCGCCUCGUGCUGUGCUCUGUCUCCGCCAAGUAGCAGACAAUAAUAUCCCGCUGAAAUCAGAACAGCACGCUGCCAAGACAAGAAAGUUUCCAGGAUGUUCGUUUGGAGGCGAGAUAUACGAGCUGGGAGACACUUGGAACCCGUCUUUGGGCGAGCCGUUUGGAGUCAUGUACUGCGUACACUGCGAAUGUUUAGCUUGUUUUUCGUGCUGCUCACCGGAUCAUCGGUGAAGCCAGCAGGUGUCACCACCAGCGCGAUCGGACGUGGACACAUCACGAUGAAAGAGUCGACCUUGCAUUUCAGCAUUGUCAUCGAGAGACUAUACUCACCAAUCUCUAUCCAGUUCCACGACGAUGACACGGCUAUUCUUUACGAGCAUCUUAUAGAAACUGAGACAGUUGGCUUUUCGCAGAUAUGUGGAGUUUGGGAGCACGUACCGGCGAUUUAUAGAAGGGCCCUGGAGAGCGGCAAUAUCCACGUUGUGGUCACCUCUAUAGCUCAGCCGGACGGUGAGAUAGCUGGACAGCCAAGGCCUAACGAAUUCGGCAGAGAAGAAACAUUCAGUUCCAUCCUCCACUUGCAACCGAGCGACAGCCGCAUCUCUCCGCUCAGCGGUGGUGCGUUGGCGAUGGCUUCGCUCCGUAGCUCCCAGCAGCAAGACUCUCUCGGCGUCAUCAUUGCCGUCAGAGGGCUCUUUGAUAGAUAUUUGAAGCAGCACGAUGCGAUCGUGGCGAGCGUGGUUUUCUCAAAGACGGAGGGCAAGCAGCAAGUUAUCAAAACAUCGCAGAUUAGCUUUGAACCACAGGCGGAAACUAUUGAAUAUCGUUGGGAAGGUAUAACCCAUCAGGAGCAGCGGUGGCUAGCACGUGGUCAUGUGACAAUGACAUUAACUGCGCAGACGGACGAGGGAGAGACGUUAGCUGGCUCCGUUACCGUGCACCAGAGCUGCAAAGUAUACCGCGCCGCCCUCACGGGCAGCAACGCUCUGCUGGCGUCAGCCACAGGUGCUGGCGGCGUGGCAGCGAUCACGAUGGCUCCCGACGGCGCCAUGUUGUACCGCGUCCACGUGACCGGCCUCAGCUCCCGCGUGACCGCCAUCACGAUUGAGGGAGAGACGAACAAGCCGGGUCAGAUUCGCAUCGUGACCGACGUGUUAGAUUCGUACAUCGAUGGCUGGGCGGAGGGUGUGUUCAGGAGGCAGAACGGCAGAGAGGUUGCGGCUUUACAGACGGACCAGCUAUUCGUCAACGUGGCGACGAAGCGGCAUCCGGACGGCGAGAUUCGAGGACGAAUCGUCGGCGAAUUUCUGAAUGAUCAUACAUCCGAACUUCCGGUUCCGCUGACCGGGUCAGGAAUGGCGCGCGCCGUCCUGACGGGCACAUCCGGCACGGCCCGGAUGUCCGUCGAUGACUCGUGCGUCAUUCACUACGAGCUGCAGCUGCACGGCACGGCAGCCGACAACGACACGGCCGGAUGGACGGCGACGAUGUCUGCCGACGUAAACGGACACAUCGGACACACGCGAACGCUGGCUGAGUUCAAGGGCAAUAAGGCCACAGGCAUCAUUGCAGGUCGGACCAGAACUCUAUAUGCUCAACUUAACGAUGGUCUGGUGUUCGUGGAAGUAAGCAGCGUCGCGCACCCUGGUGGUGAGCUUAGGGGACAGGUUCGCGCUCCCAACACUUGCGAGCACAAAUACGACCUGCUCAUGCAGAGCGACGUGACGAACAACGAGUUGGACGAAGUCGCCAACUACACGUGCAUGCACCACAACCAAUACCACGAAGAUGGCGCCAGCUGGCCCUCCAGCCGCGACCCGUGCGUCAUGUGCAGUUGUCAGAGGGGACAAGUUGUAUGCGACCCUAUCAUGUGCCCGACACUAGCCUGCGAGGCACAGCUUCAAAUCCAAGAUGGCUGCUGUCCGACGUGUGCAGACGAUGCUGCUCUAGAGCAUAUGGAGGGUGAUGUCGACACGAGUGGCUGUUACUUCGAAGGUGACAAGACAUGGCACGCUGCUGGCACGUCGUGGCAUCCAUACAUUCCACCAUUUGGAUUCAGCCCAUGUGCUCUAUGCACUUGCAGGGUAUGCCGGCUAUUUGCGCGCGCGUUCGUACGUGCGUGUGUGUACCAUAUAAUCAAGAAGGUUGAAAGAACAGAAGCGAACGUUGUGACAUUGCAUGAAGAAGGCAUACAGAGCAUACAGGUUGCUAAGGAAGUCCACCUUGAUUACAAACCUGAUGGAGGUUGUUCGUUCAAGAACGAAUACUACGGUAACGGCGACCGGUGGCACCCGCGGGUGCAGCCGUUUGGCUCGCUCGCCUGCGUGCUCUGCCGCUGCAAGGAUGGACAUAGCACCUGCCGACGUCAGAAAUGCCCGAAGCUGAAGUGUCCGCGCCGCGCACGGAUACAGCCGGCCGGCGAGUGCUGCGCCAUCUGUACAACAAAACAGGAGAGGCGGCGAUCGCGAGAGAAGAGCGGCGGCGGCUCCCACGCAGGAGGCGACGAUACGGCGUGAUUGCUGCCAUAUAUAUGCGCGGGUUGGACGCCUCGCUACUCCACCGGAGCCGGCGAGCAGUGAUAGAUUAGUGUUUUGCACCUACACGGGGAUAGCUCUGAUAGGAAGAGAUAUCAGACGCGAGCUGGGUUUUUCUUGGCUUCGUGUGCGUGCGUGAACUUUUAGACGUGGGUGCGUUUGUUCAUCCAUUAGCGUGCCUGCCUGCGUGCGCGUUCGUGCGCAUGUUUGUCCAAGUUCCUGUUAGCGCGUCUGCCUGCGUGCGCGUUCGUGUGCAUGUUUGUCCAAGUUACUGUUAGGGCGUGUACAUGCGUGCGCGUUCGGGCGCAUAUUUGUCCAAGUUACUGUUAGCGCGUGUACCUGGGUGCGCGUUCGGGCGUAUGUUGGUCGAUGUUACUGUUAGAGUGCGCGCGCGCGUGGUGUGAAGUUGUUUGCGUGUGCGUGCGUGUGGGCGUGUGCGUGCUUGUGUAUGUGAGCGCGUGUGUUUGUCCACACUACUGUUAGCAUGUAUGCGUGCGUGCGUAUGACUGUUGGGAGUGUAAUAUACGUAUAAUGUCGUUUACGAAGGAACUGUAUAAUAAGCCAUAUAAUUUGUUUACAUUGAAAUAUUUAUAUUGUGUGAUAUAUAUAGCCGUUAAAACUCAUUUUCGCAUCAAAAUGAGGCAAUGUAAUGCACGCGUGUGUGCGCACGUAUGCGCACGUAUGCGUGUGUGCGCACGUAUGCGUGUGUGAGCGUGCUAGCGUUCGUGCGCGCACGCGUCUGUGUGCGCGUGCGGGUGCUCAUACUUGAGUCGGUCUCUUGCUAUCGUGUACCUGUACUGUCCGCGUUUGUCGCAAGACAGUUGUAUGAUAAUUAUAGGGUCUGUUAAACAUUCCAAUUACAGCCCUUAAUGUGUAAGCUAUUGGAAUAUAUGGUAUCGCGCGUGCGUCAAAAUAUUAUGCUACAUCGCGUGUAAUAAAAAUAUGUGUACAUA